AUGCUUCAACAGUAUCUGUACAACGAGUACCCAUUCUUCCUGGUUAGAAGCAUUGGCGAUUGUGCUCUAUGUUGUAUUAUAGCCUAUAGUAUUACUGAAUUCGUUCACUUCGGAGGCAAGCUUUUGCCAACCGAUUUUUUCAUCGUCGUUAUUCUCCAACGGAUGAGAGGUUCUGGACCAAGCACAAGAGGCAGCCCAAUGAACCUCGUUUUCCAAAGACUUUUGGACGUAGACCCAAAAAUUCCGAUCUUGCUAUCAGUUACCCCUUCCUUUGCAAAAAGAACUAUCUUUCGUUCACGAUCUAAAACAGUGCCGGUAUUUAGCAAAAAUAAUUUGCGCCCUGAGAUUUAA